AAAGCGGAAGUGCUUGUUGUGCUCUUGUAUUUGGCGUCAUGUGAUUUCCUUGUAGCCCAAGAAGCUGCUUUGACAGUUAAUACUUUUUCAUGAUACUGAAAUAAUUUUACUCACACGUUGUAUGUUUACUGGGGUCCGCACACACGGGUUGUUUUCUGUGUGUGUAGUAGAUUCCCCCCCCGAACGCUGCCAUGGGUUGCUGUUACAGCAGCGAAGACAAGCCCCUAGAGGAGGAAGUAGAGCCCCUGAUGCCACCCAGUAAUACUGUUAGCAAAUCUCCAAAUGGAACAGAUUGGACCACACCAAGUGUCCCCUCAGCACGUACAGAUGAGCAGGCCCUCCUCACUUCGAUUCUCACCAAGACUGCACAGAACAUCAUUGAUGUCUCAGCAGCUGAUCAGCAUAUGAUGGAGCCACAUGAAUACAUGGAUAGAGCCCGGCAGUACAGCACAAAAUUGGCUGUGUUGGGCAGCAGUUUGCCACCCAAAAAGGCCCUCACUCUCCCCUCCCUUACCAGUCAACCACACCAAGUGCUUGCAAGUGACCUGGUGCCAUAUUCAGAUGUUCAGCAGGUUUCCAAAAUAGCCGCUUAUGCUUACAGUGCAAUCUCUCAAAUCAAAGUGGAUGCUAAAGAGGAAUUGGUUGUCCAGUUUGCAAUCCCCUGAUCACGUUAACACAUUGUCCCUCCAUUAUACUCGCUGUAGUUCUGACUCUUUUACUUCUUUUAAACAAUAAUUUCCAUGCCUUUAGUCAUUAAUCAACUGCAGUUCUAGAUCAUGGGGAAACUACACCACAAAUCAUAGGUGUCUAAGUUAUAAUGUGGGACAAUGUCGUCAUGAUGGCUACAAUAUAACACUUACAUAUAAAAUACUUAUUUAAUAGGUUUCAGUAACUUUCAGUACCAAACCUAUUUGGUGGUGUGCUGUUUUCCUUAGUAUCAUACAGAUUGAGUUGGAUUAAUACUCCUAUCUACCUGUUCAGAAUUCAAGCAUUCUGGUUUGACUCACGUUUAUAUGGUAAUUAACAGGAAUGAAACAUGAGGAGGUAAAAAUUUCAGCAGUGACUUACCGUGUCCAUAAAGCAGUGAGAUAGAAAAAUAUAUUUUUCUGUUAAGAUUUUUAUAGCAUUUAAAUAAUAUAAGCAUAUGGUAAACUUUACAUUCAGUUUUCUCACUUUAUAUGCCAUGUCAAAACGCCGUUACAUAAAGUCCAUAAAGUGCUACAGCCAAAAAAACGAAUGAUUCACCCAGUCUGACCAUACUUUUAAUCACAAUUCCAAUUAACCAUGGGUUUCAGAAUUUAAAAAAGGCUGUUGCAUUAGCAAUUUAUCUCAAAUGUCUUUUUGACAUGUGAAAAGUCCUCAAAAUGUCACCUAUAACGGAAUGCAGAAAAUCAUUAAGUCUUGCAGUUGUAUUUGUAACUACCGGUACUCUUGUACUCUCAGAAUGUGUAUUCACACUGGACAGGAUCUUAUUCACAUGGGGAAAGUUCAUAGGGGCAAUCGGAUGUUGAUGGAUGAAAUUAGGAGAAAAAAUAUCAUUACAUCCAACUUUUUUGAAGCUUUCAGGGCAUGUAUAUAAGAAUGAGGUUGUUGUGGAACUGAGAUGGACGAAUCAUGCCCCAUUUGUACUUUUUUUUUUUUUUUUUUUUCAGUCUGUUGACCGAUGGUAAUAAAGUUACUGUUUUGUUAACUCUGAGCAGAUAACUGUCAGAAAAUGAUUUUAAAUCAGGUCUGCUUUUGGUCAAAUUCUAAUUUGACUGAGGAUUGCAACUAACCAUUGUAGCAGCGUUUUUUUGAGUGUUUUUGAACAAUUUUAACAGAACACCAUAAUUUUGAGACUAUUUAUUUGAGUUUAAAUGUAAUUUUUCUCUUAAUAAUAAGGUUAUGAGUAUACAGUAUGUCACCAAUAAGCAUGGCGUGGCUUGUCUUUAAAGGGAUGAUCUCUGACUGUUCAAUGUUUCAAUCUGAAUUUUCUUGCAAUGGGUUGUUGACAAUUUUCAGCCACAAGGUCUGUAAUAUGAUGUUUGUAAUAUACUAUAGCACCAAAAAUAUAUGUUUUGGUUGUCCUUUUUGAUUCAUUAAAAUACUUAAAAUACA